AUUAAACUUGCCUUGACCAACAACGACAUUGUUGUGCUUUCAGUUUCUUAUGAGCUCUUGCUAUGUACGGAGCAGAUGGAUUAUGACAACAUUAAACCUGCCAUUACGUACCUGUCUUCAGAUCAAUUUAUAAAUCAUUAACCAGCGCGAGCGUCGGUCCGCUCUCGCUUAGGUAAACAAUAAAACAUCAAACCGCUACCAAACAAGAUGGAGUCCGCGGAGGUUGUAACCACAACUACAACAGAAGUGGUUCUCCAGCGACCUUUAAAGUUCAUCGGCAUUGUUGCAGCUUUUCUCGGCUCUGCUCUGAUCGUUGUCUGCAUGGUCAGUGACAUCUGGGUACUAGGGUACUCACGAGCAGACACGCGAACAGAAGAGACGCUGAAUUUUUAUCAAGGUCUGUGGGCUCUGUGUGGGGACUAUGUUGGUACACCACCGCCGCCGGGAUCAGACAGCACACUAUCGUGUAGAACACCCCAGGAGCAAGCCUGGGUCCAGGCGACUGCAGCCUUCGUGCUGGUGAACAUGUUACUGUCGGUGGCAGGGUUGGUACUGGGUGUGCUGGCCUUCUGUGUGGAGAGGUACCGACGGCUCUACAGACUGGCUGGAAUCCUGCUUAUACUAUCAGUUGUUUCAGGUCUGGUGUCCCUGGUGGUGUUCCCGGCACUGUUCCACAUGGAUCUGACGGAGACACUGGCCCAGACACCCACCGCGGCGGGCGAGUGGUUCCGGGACAACUGGGAGUUCGGCUGGGGGUACGGGGUCGGCUGGGGGGCCGUCUUCUUCAACUUCGGCGCCUCGCUCAUCUUCCUCUGCGGGAAGGACAGGGACGAGAUCAAACAGACCACCGAGUAUUACAUGUCUGCAGAGAAUGACGAUCUGUAGGCUACUGCCACCAAACCAUGACUCUACAGGUCAUGAAAGGAAUUUAUGUCAAGGUUGAUUUUGGUAAGAAUCUACGAACA